AUGGCUAAUUCAAAGCAUACAACUCCACGUGAACUGUCUACCUAUACACGACAUAGUGAUCGUUCAAAAACUAAUGAACACAAAACGAGACAACAAGAUUCGGAGUUAAAAGAACAUCAAGACAAAGAGAAAGAGAAAGAUGAUGAUCAACAUCAAUUUGAUAUAGAAAAUUUUCAAAUGAAACGAUUUAUUUCACCUAGUGAAGAUAUGGUGUAUCUUAAUGUUGGCGGCGAACAAUUUGUCACAUUAAAAUCAACGCUAACCUAUAUUCCAAAUACUGUACUGACUCUUCUCUGUUCGCCACAAUGGGAAGAAAAAAUACCAAAAGAUAAACAUGGCCAUAUCUUUCUUGAUUGUGAUCCAAUAUCGUUCAAACAUUUACUAUCGCAAUUGAGAGAAUGGUCAUGUAGUCAUAAAUCAAAGAAUCAUAAAAAAGUGUUCGAUUCACCACUCAAUGAUCCAAAAGGUUUUCGAAAUUUAUGUCGACAACUAGGAUUUGAUCAGAAAUACGUUGAUGGCAUCUAUAGACAAGACCGUUUCAAUAAAGUAUGUGGAAAUGCUAUUUUAGAAGAUAAUGGACUGAUUGCUACUCAAAUAAUUAAUUAUCAUCAUUAUUGUGAGAUACGUGGCACGAACGUCUACUCAACUGGUAUUCAUCGUUUACAACUGAAAAUUGAACGGCGACGACGAAGUCGAGCUCUAAAUAAUGGAAAUGAUUGGAUAUUUAUCGGUAUCAUAUGGUCAUCAACGCCGAUGCAAGAACGUUCAUUUGAUUCUCCAACAGCUUACGGUUGGGCAGGACAAAAACAAGUUUAUCUAAAAGGAAAUGUUGCAAAUAUAGAAGGAUACGGUGGAUGGGAUAGUGAUCUAUGUGAAAAUGAUACUGUUGAACUCAUUAUGAAUUGUAAUGAGAAAAAGAUACAAUUGUUUAAUCAACGUACAAACAAACUCUACGAAAUACUUAUAGAUAUAGUCACUGGCUGUCCCUUUCCAUGGCAAUUACACGUUAAUCUUUAUUAUCCAGAUGAUCUUUUACGAAUUUUAACAUGA